GGAAGAGAAGGCGCCCCCCCUCUCUCGGCCCGGCCAUCUUGUGGGAAGAGCUGAAGCAGGCGCUCUUGGCUCGGCGCGGCCCGCUGCAAUCCGUGGAGGAACGCGCCGCCGAGCCACCAUCAUGCCUGGGCACCUACAGGAAGGCUUCGGCUGCGUGGUCACCAACCGAUUCGACCAGUUAUUUGACGACGAAUCGGACCCUUUCGAGGUGCUGAAGGCGGCGGAGAACAAGAAAAAAGAAACCGGCGGGGGCGGCGUUGGGGGCCCCGGGGCCAAGAGCGCUGCUCAGGCCGCGGCCCAGACCAACUCCAACGCGGCGGGCAAACAGUUGCGUAAAGAGUCGCAGAAAGACCGUAAGAACCCGCUGCCCCCCAGCGUCGGCGUGGCUGACAAGAAAGAGGACACGCAGCCGCCCGUGGCGCUUAAGAAAGAAGGAAUAAGGCGAGUUGGAAGAAGACCUGAUCAACAACUUCAGGGUGAAGGGAAAAUAAUUGAUAGAAGACCAGAAAGGCGGCCACCUCGUGAAAGAAGAUUUGAAAAGCCACUUGAAGAAAAGGGUGAAGGAGGUGAAUUUUCAGUUGAUAGACCGAUUAUUGACCGGCCAAUCCGUGGCCGCGGUGGACUUGGAAGGGGUCGAGGCCGUGGACGUGGAAUGGGCCGAGGAGAUGGAUUCGAUUCUCGUGGCAAACGUGAAUUUGACAGGCAUAGUGGAAGUGAUAGAUCUUCUUUUUCACAUUACAGUGGCCUGAAGCAUGAGGACAAACGUGGAGGUAGCGGAUCUCACAACUGGGGAACUGUCAAAGAUGAAUUAACAGAGUCUCCCAAAUACAUUCAGAAACAAAUAUCUUAUAAUUGCAGUGAUUUGGAUCAAUCAAAUGUAACUGAGGAAACACCUGAAGGUGAAGAACAUCCAGUGGCAGAUACUGAAAAUAAGGAGAAUGAAGUUGAAGAGGUUAAGGAAGAGGGUCCAAAAGAGAUGACUUUGGAUGAAUGGAAGGCUAUUCAAAAUAAAGACCGAGCAAAAGUAGAAUUUAAUAUCCGAAAACCAAAUGAAGGUGCUGAUGGACAAUGGAAGAAAGGAUUUGUUCUUCAUAAAUCAAAAAGUGAAGAGGCUCAUGCUGAAGAUUCAGUUAUGGACCAUCAUUUCCGGAAGCCAGCAAAUGAUAUAACGUCUCAACUGGAGAUCAAUUUUGGAGACUUAGGCCGCCCAGGACGUGGUGGCAGGGGAGGACGUGGUGGACGUGGGCGUGGUGGACGCCCAAACCGUGGCAGCAGGACUGAUAAGUCAAGUGCUUCUGCUCCUGAUGUAGAUGACCCAGAGGCAUUCCCAGCUCUGGCCUAACUGGAUGCCACAAUACAACCCUGGUUCCUUUGUGGACCCUCCUGUUCAAAGCUUUUGCAUGCUUAAGGAUCCCAAACGACUAAGAAAUUAAAAAAAGAAAAAAAGACUGUCAUUCAUACCAUUCACACCUAAAGACUGAAUUUUAUCUGUUUUGAAAAUGAACUUCUCUCGCUACACAGAAGUAACAAAUAUGUUAGUCAGUUUUGUAUUUAGAAAUGUAUUGGUAGCAGGGAUGUUUUCAUAAUUUUCAGAGAUUAUGCAUUCUUCAUGAAUACUUUUGUAUUGCUGCUUGCAAAUAUGCAUUUCCAAACUUGAAAUAUAGGUGUGAACAGUGUGUACCAGUUUAAAGCUUUUACUUCAUUUGUUUUUUUUAAUUAAGGGUUUAGGUGUUUCCUCAAUUACAAACUGAUUUUAAAUAUUGAACAUAAUACUGGUUUUAAUACCUGCUUUGCAUUUUCACACACAGUCAACUGGGACAUGUAAACUUUAAAUUUAUCACAUUUUAUUCUGCGUGGAAUACUAACUACUUUAUGUAUUUUAACUUAAUAUUUUGAUUUGGGGGGAAAGAUCUUUUCUCAUGAUAGCUGAUAUAUGCUAAAUCUUUAUACAGAAAUAUCAGUACUUGAACAAAUUCAAACACAUUGGUUUAUUAACCUUGGCUCAUGCAUGGCUCAUUAGGUUCAGAUUAUACUUGAUUCAUAGUUUCCAUUAUAUUUACUUUUAAAAUGUGUGGCUUUCCCAUUUUAAAAGCAAAACUACACACCAUUUUGGUGGAACUUGUAUAAGCUAUUUAUUGUUGAUAGACACAGACUGUCAAGUGAAAUAGUUUUGUGGGUGUGAGUUUUUUCUUCCCUUCCCUCCAACAAGGUGAGUGGAAUAAGUUGGUUUGAUUGAUUGCUAAUAGUUGAACUAUAAAGUAGGUGUCUGGCCAAUUGGGAUGAUUUGUGUGUGAAAGGAGCCCAUAUAAAAAUGGUAUAUCCAUCAUAAGUACUCCUUAAUCAUGGUUUUGGAAAAACCAAAUGGCACUGGUUAGUAUGCUGAGAUGGGCAAGUAUCUCUUAAUUUUUGGAGUUUCAAAAGUAGCUUUAAUUUUAGGUUGGAGGAGCAGCACCAUCCAUAAAACAAACCAAAUACCUUAUACUUUAUGAUUUUCCUGUGCACUGUUAUUAUUUGGUCCAGAGUUGAUGGAGGACUGUUGCACAGAAAGUGUUGGCUGUCGUUUCCCAUUUCCUGCAUUAGAAAUUAGAUAUUGACGGAUUCCUUGACUGGGAGCACCA